GUUUGUCUCAUCUGUCUCAUCUUCUACAACUCCAGACCAAAACCAAAACCCAAGAUCUCAGCGUCACGGCGGCUGUUCCUCAAGACAAAAAUUCUGAAAAAGGCAACCACACUGCUCGCAAACGAGAAGGAGGAGAAACAGAGGGAGAGAGAAAGAGUCUUAAGUGAGAGAGUGCCUCCUCUUCAGCUGUCAGGCCUGUCUGUGCAGGAGCUGCAGACUCUGUGUCGAGAACUCCACCAAAAGAUCGAUGUUGUAGAUGAAGAGAGAUACGACAUUGAAUCCAAAGUGAACAAAAAUGAAAAGGAGCUUGCAGAUCUGAACCAUAAAAUCUUUGAGCUGAAGGGCAAAAUGAAGAGACCUGCGCUGAAGAGGGUGAAGAUUUCCGCUGAUGCCAUGCUGGGUGCUCUACUGGGUGCUAAGGUCAAGGAAUCUGUGGACUUUAAAGCCAACCUCAAAACAGUGAAGAAAGAGGAAGAAAAGAAAGAGGAGGUGACUGACUGGCGUAAGAACGUGGAGGCCAUGUCUGGCAUGGAGGGCAGGAAGAAGCUGUUCGACGCUGGUCAAUAAAAGAUGAUCAUCAUUUCAGCUGCUACAUCAGUGAUGGAUACUGAUGAGAAGAAAUGUUCUGCCUCGGUUUCUGACUCAAUUACAUUGAACUGGAAAUGAAAGAGUGAACCCUUAAUAUAUACACUGAUUUUAAUGUAUAUGUGUGUAUUAUAUAUAUAAAUAUUAAUAACUUAUUUAAUUAUUAAUUAAGAGACAUGCAGAAACCCUGUUUUGUACUCGUGCUGUUAUUUAUUUUCAGUAUUUGAGUCUGUAACUAUUCUGUGAUGUUGAUUUUCUUGAAAAUAAACACAUAUAUUUGAA